CUGAUUUCCGAAGUGGCGGCUGGCUUGACCGCUUUCGGGAGAAAAAAAUACAUGACACUUUUCGAGUCGUAGCCUCUGAAAAAGCGCAUGGACGACCGUGGAAGCAUCAAAUCUAUGGCGUCGAUUCAAUACCAAUAAUCAGCGCGAGCGAUUUUUUUUUUUGUUGCGAGCGAGCAGAACUAGCUCGCGCGCGGAUCACUGUUUUACUCGCGGUGUUGAAAUUUGCGCGCGUGAAAGUGGCUGUGCUCGGGCAGGGAAUAUCUGCGCGCGUGGCUGCUUUUUUUUACUCGCGCAGUGAAUAUCUUCUCGCGCUGAUUUUAGGCAUUAAAUUGACGCCAUGAAAAUCGCGUAAUGCUAUCAAAGGUGGACCGGAAAUCUAGAAUCAGGAGCUGCAUCGAGAGCCAACUUCAGGGUUGUUGUCAAAACCAUCGGUCGAAACAAACAUUGACGUAGCCUACCGAAACGGCUGGGCAGUUGGCGAGAAUAAGUUUUGUGUAUUGUAGUUUGAUCGUUACUGGGCUGCUUUCUCUCCCACCUAAGUGAAAAUGGCACGGAAAUCUGCUGGAAAUAUACCCCUGAGCGCGAUGAACCCCAAAUAUUUACAUACAAAUUGUACCAGCCACACCUGGGCUUUUGGGGCCUUUGCUGAGCUCAUUGACAAUGCCUACGACCCGGACGUCAAUGCCAAGCAUCUAUGGAUCGACUCGACUCGAAUAAAGGACAAGGAAUGUCUGAUAAUCAUGGAUGAUGGGACUGGGCUGGACUAUAACAAAAUGUUCAAGAUGUUGAGUUUCGGCUACAGUGACAAGAAGACAAUUCGGGGUCAUGCCCCUGUGGGUCUCUAUGGAAACGGGUUCAAGUCAGGCUCCAUGCGUCUAGGGAAGGACGUCGUCGUCUUUUCCAAAACCAAGGACAUGAUGAGCGUGGGCCUCCUGUCCCAGACGUACCUGGCAGCCAUUCGGGCUGAGAAUAUUGUGGUGCCAAUUGUCACUAUCAAACAAGAUGGAGAAGACAAGAUCAGUGUUGAGCCUGGCCAUGAAGACAGCCUGGAAGCCAUUUUGAAACACUCCCUGUUUAAAACAGAGAAGGAGCUACUCCAGGAGCUGCAGGCCAUCAAUACCAUGCCCCCCACGGUCUCCACGGGAACCAGGAUCAUCAUAUGGAAUCUGCGCAGCUCCAAAGAUGGGCAGACGGAGUUUGAUUUCAAAACGGAUCGGUACGACAUUCGGAUCCCAUGUAUGGACUCGGGUGAUGUUAACAAUCCCAGCAAGAACACAGAACCAGAGAGCAGGUACUCCCUGCAAGCGUACUGCAGCAUUCUGUACCUGAAGCCCCGAAUGCAGAUCAUCAUCAGGGGACGGAAGGUGCGGACUCAGCUGGUCUCCAAGAGUCUGGCCCACACCCUCAAGGACCGAUACACGCCAAAAUUUCUGAGGAGGCCUAUCCCCAUAACUUUUGGGUACGGCACCAAAGACAGUGGGCAUUACGGCAUAAUGAUAUACAACAAAAACCGACUGAUACGAGCGUACGAGCGAGUUGGCUGCCAGCGCAAGGCCAUCCCAAAGGGUGUGGGAAUAAUCGGCAUUAUAGAGUGCAACUUCCUCAAUCCAACACACAACAAACAGGAUUUUGAUGACACAGAGGAGUACAGGAAAGUGAAACAUAACCUGGGGGAGAAGCUGGAGGAAUAUUGGAACCAAAUGCACCAUUUAAAACAGAAAAAGGAUCCCAGCUGCAACUUGGCAAUAGAGGACAUGGAGAAAUCUCCGGAUCAGAACUGGGCCCAGUGUGACAUAUGCCAGAGAUGGAGGAAGCUGCCAGAUGGAAUAGAUGCCAGCAAGCUGCCUGACAAGUGGUUCUGCUACUUGAACCCAGACCCCCAGUACAGGACCUGCCAAGCAGAGGAAGAGCUGGAGGACUCUGAGGAUGAGCAACCAUACCAAAAGACCUAUAAACAGAAGAAGAAACGGCAGAAUGCAGAAGAUGCCGUACCAUCACCGAGCACUUCGACUACACCCUCAACACGCAGUGGUACAAGCCGGUAUCACAGUGGUACAACAUCAGGAGGCAAUGUGACCCACUUCACCCCUCCCACCUCCACUCCUCUCAAUAGUUCUGGCCGCAGGCCCUCUGCACAAAGCACACCUCGCAGCUCUUCCACGUGGUCCACACCCACACACCCAAGGAGCAAAAGGCUGCUGUCGUUGACCCCAGAGAGUGAGCCGGUAAAAAGGGCAAGGGUGCAAGGUCACGGCAUAUCAUCAGCAGCUGGCACGGAGUUGCUCCCACUGGUGACACAGGCCACCCCAGAUGCCGUCCUACUUGUGGAGGAAUCCGGAGCGCCAGUUGCACCGUGUGAUCUUGCUAUGAUGAAGACAAAGCUCAGGGCCAGCGGAGGGGGCAUCAACCUACAACUCAGUGAUGGAGCCCUCGCAGAGGAGUCCAUGGAAAGCAACACCACAGCAACAGCCGCCUUCGCUCCAUCAGCGGUGCGUCAGCAGGUGUCUGUCGAGACCCAAACUGAAGGAGUGGCCAAGGUGAAGGAGGAGGAAGAGGAGGAGAGGACAUGGAGCUUGAGAGAGGAUGUGCCCAAGAGUUCAGAGCAGAUGCAGCUCCUGGAGAGAGAGGCCAGGGAGCUCAUGGAUUCCAGCGGGGGAAUGCACCCCCUCCUGGAUAUGCAGCAGGACGGGCUGUUGGAGCAGUGGGUGAUAGCCAGUAAGGAGAGAGACCAGUACAAGGAGCAGAUGGUGACAGCCAAUCAGGAGAGAGACCAGUACAGGGACCAGGUGGAGACAGCCAAUAAAGAGAGAGACCAAUACAAGGAGCAGAUGGUGACAGCCAAUCAGGGGAGAGACCAGUACAGGGACCAGGUGGAGACAGCCAAUAAAGAGAGAGACCAGUACAGGGAGCAGAUGGUGACAGCCAAUCAUAAGAGAGACCAGUACAGGGACCAGGUGGAGACGGCCAAUAAAGAGAGAGACCAGUACAAGGAGCAGAUGGUGACAGCCAUUCAGGAGAGAGACCAGUACAGGGACCAGGUGGAGACAGCCAAUAAAGAGAGAGACCAGUACAGGGAGCAGAUGGUGACAGCCAAUCAGGAGAGAGACCAGUACAGGGACCAGGUGGAGACAGCCAAUAAAGAGAGAGACCAGUACAGGGAACAGAUGGUGACAGCCAAUCAGGAGAGAGACCAGUACAUGGACCAAAUGGUGACAGCCAAUCAGGAGAGAGACCAGUACAGAGACCAGAUGGAGACAGCCAAUCAGGAGAGAGACCAGUACAGGGACCAAAUGGUGACAGCCAAUCAGGAGAGAGACCGGUACAGAAACCAGAUGGAGACAGCCAAUCAGGAGAGAGACCGGUACAGGGACCAAAUGGUGACAGCCAAUCAGGAGAGAGACCGGUACAGAGACCAGAUGGAGACUGCAAAACAAGAGAAGGACCAGUACAUGGCGCAGGUAGACGAGCUGAUGCAGGAGCUUCAGAAAAUGAGGACAAGCAGCGUGAAGCAGGAGCCAUGUGACCAGGCCUUCGGGGGAGAAGAUGACCUGGCCCUGCAGAUAGACUCCAUCCUUACAGAUCUGGACUGCUGCAAUAAGGAGAGGGACCAACUGAAGAGCAAGCUGGAGAGUUUGGAGGCAGAGAGAGGAGCUGUCUUUUCUCAGUGCGAGCAGCUGAAGAAAGAGCUGGAUGAUCUGAGGGAGGCUGGGAGCAGGGCCCUCAGCCCCAGCUGUGCAGAAAAGACUGGGAACAGUCCCAGCAGGCCUGGAUCAACAGGGGCUGAGAGGCUGAAGAACCUGCGACUCAGUGUGAGCCGUCUCCUGGUGAUCCUCAUACCAGAGCUGGACCUGGAACAGGUAAACUAUGAAAGUGGUGUCAUCGAAGAGAUCCUGGAACAGUACAUAGAUGGUGUCACUUAUUCUGAAGCCACAUAGAUGUGCCAACCCACAUUUUUUGGAGAGGUCUCUAUCACUCCGGAUCCUUACCACCACAGGGAGCUGGCCAGGAGUGACCACCUACAUCGCAUCUUUAAACAUUUUGAUUAAUUUUUGUUAAGUGCCUUUCUUUACAACGUUAAAUAUGUAACUUUAUUUUCAUACAUCCUGUAUUCUUUGUUUAUUGUAUUGUACUGUGUCUUUUAUAAUUGUGCAAGAGCAUGUAAUCUCCAGCUUUAACUGUUUAGUAUAACAAUUAUUUCUAAAUUUUAUCUUUUAUCUUGCAAAUCACGUUGCUUAACUGAAAACAUUCCUCAGUUAUGCCUCCUUUUCUUUUCUUUUUUUAAAUUUGGCACCCAACGUUGGACUGAACAUGUCUAAUUCCCACCCUAAUUUGUAAUGUCCAGUCAUCUGCUACCGCAGCCACGUUCAUGCAUGAUCCCCACUGCAGAUUUGGGAGAGCGUAGACACAUGUUGAAACAUGCGGUGUCACCAGCUGCUUCUUUUCACAUCACAGACUACAGCUAAGAGUGCGUAGAGGGAAGCCGGAAGACCACCUUUCAUAUGCGGCUUUGACGUGCAGGUUGUGGACACCUGAUUGACCAGCAGGGGUCACUAGAUAGCAAUGAAACUAAGGCCCCUGACUGGAAGAACCUGGAUGAUGCAAUUGGCAGUUUUUAUGUUUCCCUAUGGAGCUGCCAGCUACAGUUGACAGACUCGACACUGGCAUGGUCCUGAUUCGGUCAGAGUCCUUGGGGCUCAUCCAUGGACUACGCGUAGUGGUGCCUUAACUGAAUGAGCCACCCAGCAGCCUCUUAUGCCUCAAUUUCUGAAAGAUAUAUUUUGUUAUAGUUGAUAUUGUGGUGCAAAGUAGCAUUAAAAUCUUCUGCAGGUAGUUUUAAGACUUGUGUAAAAUCAGUUCUUUCAAGGGUUGUAUAAUACCUGUCAGCCAUGUAUACUAGUUAAUAUGCUAACAUUCUGUCCAUGUCAAAUAUAUAGUGUGAACUCUCUCAGCCAACGGGGGGUUGAGUGACGGAUGCCCAGAAGAACCAGCACGGUGAGACAGAGGUAGUGGUUAACAAAAAAGGUCUUUAAUAAUUGCAAUGAGUGGGGGUAGGGGUAGGGGGAGCCAAAAACAACUAAAAAGUCUUCCCGGUUGGGGUAUCAGUGCUCCGCUCCAGGUCUUCACCCGCUCUUCUGGAGAGAAACGAAAAAGAAGUGGGUUAAGGGGGGGACAGGGCGUGGUCAGUCCGAUCCGGGUCCGGUUCCUUGCUCCGGCCGCCGGCUGGUGAUCCUCCGGUCCCAAGGGUGUGGGGGAGAAGGCCUCCCUCCCAAUGUGGUAGCACUCCACUCUUCUCCCACUCAAGUUCUGCGCUGUUCCUGUCGUUGCCCCCUGCCACACGGUCUCCAGGAAUCACGAUUACUUUGUAUCCUUUACACUUUACCACAGGUUAUCACAAGUACUCCUUAGUUAAGAGAAUUGGCCCACGGCCGCUUACAGUCUCUUCCCGGGGUGGAGAGUCGUCCGGCGUAGCUGCGACGGAAGCCCCAGCAACUCUCUCUUUCCUUGGGUUGUGCUGGUCUAUAAAAGCCUGCCUGCUCGUUAGUGCAAGCAGCUUCAGGUGGGCGCCGGCAGCCAAUCCAGCAAGCAGCUUCAGGUGUGUGGUAGAGUGGAAAAUUCCGCCUACCUUCCCUCUGCUGCAGCCCUGUCCAUGGUGCUGCCGGUUGUCGCCUCAGUUGGUCUGCCGGGGGCUGUCCAGGGUCCUGAAUGUCUCUAGACAGGGGUUUGCUAGGUACCGCCCACUCACCACUUUUCCCAGCGGCCGCCGGUGUCGAUGGGCUCGGCCGUCCUGGUGGUCUCGUGGGGAGCACCGAUAAGGGAUCGGGGCGCCACAAUAGUUAUACUGUAUAUAUAAGGAUAUAUGAUAUCUUGAACAACCUUGUCAAUGCCAAAACCUUCCCACACACUUACACGUGUUGUGUUAAGUGUUAUGGGCAAAAAAAAUGUGUCAAUGGUGGAACAAGGAGCAAUACAGUUAAUCCACUGAGCUAGACCAAGGUCCCAAGCCAAGGGAAUUAAUCAUUAUUUUAUCAAAGCUUCCGGUGGUGACAUCACAUUCUGUAGGAAACUUCACAAUUCAAAACUCAAUUACAGAAGGAACUGCACAGUUUGAUGCUGUUUGUGCUUAUUCUGUUGUUGUUCUGUAUGUCUAUUUUAAUUUAUUUAUUUUUUUGCUUUUUAUUUUUUAAAUUUUUAUUCAAAAGAUUUUUAUUUUGGUACCCUACGUGAGGCUGAGCAUGUACAGUUCCCACCAUGAUUUGUUAUGCCCUACUGUCUGCAACCGCACUCAUUCAUGCUCUGUCCCAACUGCCAAAACAGGAGAGUAAAGACUACUGUGGUUCUCCUCCAAA